UCCCUCCACUUCGACUUGGUCUUGGAUUAUUUCCACCGCCAAAUGCCCAGUCGCAGAAACGUCCCUCAGCUCAUUCACCUGCACGCAUUUGGUAUCAUCGUCGCUGACCGCAUCUGCCCGUCUGCGGCCCUUUGCGCCUCAACAUAGCAUGGCCGACGACAGCUACCGAAAAGAGUAUCCCCAGCAGAGCCGCCCAGAAGACACUCACUCCCGACCCCAGUCACACUAUCCUCCUCCGCCGGAUACCGCGCAGCGGCCUUCCGACGCUCCUCCGUCCAGCAUGGCUACUUCAGUUACUUUGCCCUCUAUCCACGACUCUCGCGGCUACGGCCCGCCGCCUGCAGCUCCGGGACGUGGCUAUCCUGCCGACCCGCGAUACGCAUCUCCCAAUACCGUCAAUGGUUACCCUCCUCCCGGCCAUCAGCCUCCGCCCGGUCAACCUCAACAGUACCUCCCGCCUUUGCAGCCGCAAUCUGACCCCCGAUCUUCGGCCUAUCCUCCUCCUCCGCCGGACCAACGAGGUGGCUAUUACGAUGACCGCCGUCCACCAUACGGGCAAGAGCCGUAUGGCACGGAUCCCUACUAUGCCUACUACCGUGGACAACCUCCUCCUCCAGGACCCCCACCGCCAAAUGGCCACCCAGGCUACCGUCACAUCCCCGCUGGUGUCUAUGAAUACCCCCCAGUCGGACAUGGCAAUGCGCCUCCUUUGACACAGGCAGCCCCACGACAACGAACUUCAAUUGCUUGUAGAUAUUGCCGGAAGAGAAAGAUCCGCUGCAGCGGCUACCAGAGCGCCCCUGGUGGCAAGUGCCAGAAUUGCGCCCGUAUGAACCAAGAAUGUAUCUUUCAACCCGUAUCUUCUUCAAGCUCGACAGCUUUUAUCCCCGUGUCAGCGCUCCCAGGAGGUGUACCCCCAGGCACUCAACUUUUCGGUGCCUACGGGCAACCACUGGCACCAGGCACAGUCCCGGCACCUCCACCGCCUCAUGCUGCUUAUCAGCAUUCUAGUGCCCCUCCCCCUCCUGGGAACUACUACGCACCUGUCCAGUCACCCACAGAAUCUUUCUCGUCUUAUGGCGAUGCGAGAACUGAUGACGGUAGCCAGCUUGCAGGGCGACGGCGUCGCAGGACGUCAGAAGAACAGGAUGAAGGCUACAGACUGCCUCCGCCACGAAGUGCCGUGGACGAAGACCCGCGCAGAAGGUCUCCAGCAGAAUUUUCAAACCACAGCAGCCCAGGUGGGGUGGGGUACCCUCCGUAUCAAGGUGCAAGACAGAGCCCACGAAACCCAACGAGCGGCAGUUUGCCUCAAGCUGCAACAACUGGUAGUUAUGCAGCUUCUGCACCCGGCGGUCGUUCCCCGACCGGCCAAAAUGGAUCAAGUGAUAAAAGCGAUAUCGACAAGACUAUGAUUGACAGGCUCAACCGACCUGCACCUGGUCAACCUGGCGCACGACGAGAUGUCAGCCGCUGAGGGGAUUGCAGGUGAGAGUUGACGCUGCCGGACACGUCAACGGAGAGGGUCGGAAUUAUAUAUGACAACGCUUGCCGAAGAGUCUGUUGGUUUCCGCUGGAAGGCUACCGACAAGUUGAUGACGAAUGCAUUGU